UCGGCUAACGUCACCCCGGAACGUCCGGUGCGAAGCGCUCACCGACGUCAGUCCGUUUCACCACCGCGAAAGGCCGAAGAGAAGAAGACCGAAUCCUGCGAGAAUGCCGGCGGUGUCGAAAGGAGAUGGAAUGCGCGGAUUAGCCGUUUUCAUCUCGGACAUAAGAAACUGUAAGAGCAAGGAAGCCGAGAUCAAACGGAUUAACAAAGAGCUGGCCAACAUUCGCUCCAAGUUUAAAGGGGACAAGGCUCUCGAUGGCUACAGCAAGAAGAAAUAUGUCUGCAAGCUGCUCUUCAUCUUCCUGCUUGGACACGACAUUGACUUUGGGCACAUGGAGGCUGUCAACCUGCUGAGCUCCAACAAGUACACGGAGAAACAGAUCGGUUACCUGUUCAUCUCCGUGCUGGUAAACAGCAACAGUGAGCUGAUCCGUCUGAUCAACAACGCCAUCAAGAAUGACCUGUCCAGCCGCAACCCCACCUUCAUGUGCUUGGCGCUCCACUGCAUUGCCAACGUGGGAAGCCGCGAGAUGGCCGAGGCCUUCGCCAGUGAGAUCCCUCGCAUCCUGGUUGCCGGUGAUACGAUGGACAGCGUGAAGCAGUCGGCUGCCCUGUGUCUGCUGCGCCUCUACAAGACCUCUCCUGACCUGGUGCUGAUGGGGGAGUGGACGUCCCGCGUGGUGCACCUGCUCAACGACCAACACAUGGGUGUGGUGACUGCAGCCAUCUCUCUGAUCACAUGUCUGAGCCAGAAGAAUCCAGAUGAGUUCAAGACCUGUGUUUCCUUAGCAGUUUCCCGACUCAGCAGGAUUGUGUCGUCGGCCUCCACCGAUUUACAGGAUUACACCUACUACUUUGUCCCAGCGCCGUGGCUCUCUUGCAAGCUGCUGCGCCUGCUGCAGUGCUACCCUCCACCAGAAGACGGCGCUGUCAAAGGCCGGCUGGUGGAGUGUCUGGAAACCAUCCUCAAUAAGGCCCAGGAGCCACCCAAGUCCAAGAAGGUGCAGCACUCCAACGCCAAGAAUGCUAUCUUGUUUGAGGCCAUCUCGCUGAUCAUCCACUAUGACAGUGAGCCAAACCUGCUGGUGCGAGCCUGCAACCAGCUGGGCCAGUUCCUGCAGCACAGAGAGACCAACCUGCGCUACCUGGCGCUGGAGAGCAUGUGCACUCUGGCCAGCUCCGAGUUUUCCCACGAAGCCGUCAAGACCCACAUCGAGACCGUCAUCAACGCUCUAAAGACGGAGAGGGAUGUGAGUGUCCGGCAGAGGGCAGCCGAUCUGCUGUAUGCCAUGUGCGACCGCAGCAAUGCCAAGCAGAUAGUAGCCGAGAUGCUCAGCUACCUGGAGACCGCAGACUACUCCAUCAGAGAAGAGAUGGUGCUGAAAGUGGCCAUCCUAGCAGAGAAGUAUGCAGUGGAUUACUCCUGGUACGUAGACACCAUUCUCAACCUCAUCCGCAUUGCUGGCGACUACGUCAGCGAAGAGGUGUGGUACCGCGUCAUCCAGAUCGUCAUCAACCGGGACGACGUGCAGGGCUACGCCGCCAAGACGGUCUUUGAGGCCCUGCAGGCCCCCGCCUGCCACGAGAACAUGGUGAAGGUCGGAGGCUACAUUCUGGGAGAGUUUGGUAACCUCAUUGCUGGUGACCCGCGCUCCAGCCCCCUGGUCCAGUUCAACCUUCUCCACUCCAAGUUCCACCUGUGCUCGGUGCCGACGCGCGCCCUGCUGCUGUCGGCCUACAUCAAGUUCAUCAACCUGUUCCCGGAGACCAAGGCCACCAUCCAAGAGGUGCUGCGCUGCGACAGCCAGAUCCGCAACUCUGAUGUGGAGCUGCAGCAGCGUGCUGUCGAGUACCUGAAACUUUCUUCCAUCGCCAGCACUGAUGUCCUGGCCACUGUCCUGGAGGAGAUGCCGCCUUUCCCAGAGAGGGAGUCGUCAAUCUUGGCCAAGCUGAAGAAGAAGAAGGGGCCGGGUGCUGUUUCUGUGCCUGACCUGGAAGAUGGCAAACGGGAGGGCGGGGAGUUGAACGGGGGGGGCGAGCGGGGGCCAGACUCGGCUGCCAUGUCGGCCUCCAAUGCAUCCACCCCGUCACCAUCCGCAGACCUGCUAGGGAUGCGCUCAGCAGCCCCCAUGAGUGCUGCUCCAACCAGCGCCGGCAGCCUGUUGGUGGAUGUGUUCUCUGAAGCAGGGCCUGCUGCACCCUCUGCCGCCGUCAACGACGACGGCUUCCUCAGAGAUCUGGAACCGCCCACUGAGACCUCUGGUUCCCUAUUGGUGGAGGGCUGUGGUGACUCAGACUCUGCUCCUCCUUCUGAGGAUCCUGCUACUCUUCUGUCUGAGGCAGACGAACUCCUCAACAAGUUUGUGUGCAAGAACAACGGGGUCCUGUUUGAGAAUCAGCUGCUACAGAUUGGCAUCAAGUCCGAAUAUCGUCAGAAUCUAGGGAGGAUGUACUUAUUCUACGGGAACAAGACGUCGGUGCAGUUCGCCAGCUUCACCACCACCGUCAGCUGUCCUGGGGAGCUCCAGUCUCAGCUCAACGUUCAGACCAAACCAGUGGAACCGGUGGUGGAGGGCGGAGCCCAGAUCCAACAGGUCCUCAACAUCGAGUGCCUGACUGACUUCUCUGAGGCCCCACUGCUCAACAUCAAGUUCAGGUACGGCGGCGCUCUGCAGAACCUGAGCCUCAAGCUGCCAGUCACCAUCAACAAGUUCUUCCAGCCCACUGAGAUGACUUCCCACGACUUCUUCCAGCGCUGGAAACAGCUCAGCCAGCCUCAACAAGAAGCACAGAAGAUCUUCAAGGCCAACCACAGCAUGGACACGGAAGUCCUCAAGGCUAAACUCCUGGGACUAGGAACGGCCCUGCUGGACGACGUGGAUCCCAACCCAGAGAACUACGUGUGUGCUGGAGUGAUCCAGACAAAGGGCCAGCAGGUGGGCUGCCUGCUGAGACUGGAGCCCAACGGCCAGGCACAGAUGUACCGUCUCACUCUGCGCUGCAGCAAGGACUCCGUGUCCCUGCGUCUCUGCGAGCUGCUGGCCCAGCAGUUCUAGAGUCCAGACCUCCUCCGUGACCAGUGCUCCCACCCUCCCCACCAGCGUCCUUUCUCCGGAGUCUUCUCCCCCCCCCCCAACAAAAAAUCUUUGAGUAAAAGGUGUAACCUAUAUAAGGGAAAAGCAGCCACUGCUAGCAGCAGCGGCAACAUUAUGGUCGUUAUUCUCGUCCCAGAUUCUGAUUCCUGUUCAUCUUCUACUUGUUUAUUAACAUGAUGCUACAUUCUUGUUUUUGUUGUGUUUACCUGUUUUGCUGGGGCGUGUGUGUGUGUGUGUGUGUGUGUUGGUCCCAUGGUUGUGCUGGAGGUAAUUCUGCUCCAUCCUGACUAUAGUAGUGAUGAUGCAGUGUGUGUGCGUGUGUGUGUGUGCGCGUGUGUGUGUGUGUGUGUGAGAGAAGAGAGAGACACACACAGCAUCUAAAUAUGGUGAACAUUCCUUGAAGUCAAAUGAGUGAAGGUGUUGAAUUAAACGAUGCACUCAUUUCCAACACGUUAUAAUGAGGCCUCCAUGAUUCCCUGUGGUUGUGCUGAUGAAGGGAGACCUGCUCAGGACUCUGAUCGGCCCACUCGUUUCCGUCAAGCAUUCCCUGCGACCAUGCACUUAAGGCGCUGGGAGCCUCUUUGGGGCCCCCAGCGUGAUUCCCCUGAAUGACCCCUCUCCUUGGAGCCUUUUAAUGGCAGCCUUUCAUUUCAAAGAAGUAGUUCAUGUCGUUGUGUGUGUAAAUACGUGCCAGUGUAUUACUUUAUCCCUUUUAGGAGACAUUCCCAUAUCAAAGUCUCUUGAGUAGAACGAUGGCCCAGAGUGGACCCUCACCCAUCUGACCCGGGAUGGUUCCAGGUACUUGCCAUUGAAAAGCUUUGGGAAGCGUCUGAGUCGGCAUCCUAGAUGCACCACAUUAUGCUUAUUCAUAUAUACAUAAAAGCAGAUGCAUCUAUUCAAGAGACAUGGGGAAGGAAACGUGAUGUGUGCACAACCACUACACUAAAUGUUUAGAUCCAUGCGUCCACAGCUUUCCAGCUCCUCCCUGGGCUUCCUCUCGUGGACAAGCACGGAUGUUGUAGGCGAGGACAGGAUGUAAGACCCAGAUGUCCAUUACAACUACAGGGGACAGUGUGUGUGAGAGUGUGUGUGAGAGUGUGUGUGUGCGAGAGAGAAUGUGGUUGUCAGCAGGUAAGAAAAUAAGCCGAAAGACAUUUCUAAUACAUGGUCACAUGACAUUCUGUGGCUGCACGGCAAUCCCAGAAUAUUGAACUUUGUGGUGGAAAACGUAGUCAUUCUGUGUGUGUGUGUGUGUGUGUGUGUGUGUGUGUGUGUGCGUGCGCGCGUGUGUGUGCAGUAUCCACUAGCUAAUGCAGCCUCAUGUAUCGGUGUUAAGAACCUGUCCAAUACCUGUUAGAAUUAAGAUUUACUCUGUAAUGAAAAAAUGUGAAAGUAAAACUAUGCCAUAUAUCCGA